CCCAUCCGAUCACUCCGUGGAUACGCGGAAAUCUACACUAUUAUUAUUAUACCUUGUAGGAUACGUACAGCCCAAAGUCCAGAUGUCCCAGCCCAAAAAGAAUCUUCUGUAAAAUGAAAUCAUACGGUCGAUCCCUUCAACUUAGUGAGACAAUGCCUCAUUGUCGUCAUCAUAUUCCAUAACGUGACUUUUCCUAAGAUACCAACCUACCUAAUACAUAAUUCUUCUUUACGCGCAAGCAUCCUUACUAGCGUUAUACUUGUCACCACUCGUGAAGAUUCCUCUCUUAUUUAAUAAAUUCCACUCGUUCAAACUUUCUCUUGUUUAUUUCAGUACCCUUCAGAAUAGAGUUUUAGUAUAGACAUACAUAUAACAUCUACCUACGAUGUGGCGUUUAUCAUACUGGGUGUUUCCCAUCAUAUCCGGCCUCAUGUGGCUGGCGACGCUCUUGGGACUAUUAUUACACUGGAUCAUCGACACGCACAAAAUAAAGUACUCGUCCAUGCAGGGCGACCAAACAAUCGCGUAUAUUUCAGAUGUUGGCGCUGCCGAGCUCAAGCCCCUGUUUAUCACAGGCUGCAUCAUCACCACUAUAUUCCUUGACCUAUCCUUUGGGUCCGAUCGAUUAUUACGGCACCGGGGCCGCUUAGUACCCAACACGUCCACUGGCGAGAAGGUCCUAAGCGCACUGACGAUCGUUUUCGCUGUCAUUGGCACCAUUGGCUUGACAUUCCUCUCUGGCUUCGAUACCGCCCGGUACCCGAGACUACACGAUGUUUUCCUAUUAUUCUUCAUCGCCGGGUACUUAAUAUCGGCCAUCUUCAUAUGCUGGGAGUACCAGCGUCUAGGCCAUAAAAACCGCCAACACCGCGUCCUCCGCAUAUCCUUCUGGAUAAAGCUGAUCUUCGUCAUUGUCGAGCUGCUCCUCGCCAUCGGCUUCGUCGUCACCAACUUCAUGGGCUACUACAACUCCGCCGCCAUCCUCGAGUGGAUCAUCGCCUUCAUCUUCUCCUUCUACGUCUUCUCCUUCGUCGUCGACCUCUACCCCGCCAUCGCCACCCGCAACAACCGCUCCUCCAACUCCGCCCACCAGAUGGAGGAGACUUACUACGCUACCCACCCCAGCGUUCUCCCUCCCCAUCAGCAGCCGCAAAAUCCCCAAGAUACGCGCGAUAGCGAGCAGACUUUGACGGAUGGCAGCCACCACCAUUCUGGGCACCACGGGCAACAGAAGGUCAGAACAGAUCAGAGAGAUUUCUAGUUUUAAGCGGGAGGGAGGGUGACUUUUUCUUUUACGGGCUAAAAUUGCAUAGCCUUGUGUAUAAAAGAUUUUACGAGAAACGUAAUACUAAACCAUAAACAACGGUUUUUGGAAUAAUUCCACCGGUCACGGACGGCAGGGUAACGAUGCUCUUUACUUUUACUGGCACGCUUUAAUUUGCGAUACCUAUAUGUACGCAAGCAGGCAUACAUACUAUGAGAGACAAAAGAAACAUGGAGGUUUCUUGCGGCGCCACGGCGUUUUCUUUUUGGGGGGGCUACGCGAGUUAAGUCAAGUUGGGGGGGAUCGAUAGAUUCUGUCGGCUAGGUACGAUGGUAUACCUCACUGGUGUAAAUUUAUCACUUGUACAGUAUCUAUUAUAUUGGUACAUACAUAGAUAUAUAAUGAUUAUUCGGGAAUGAUUCCUGCAAUUUACUCAGACA